AUGAGUGGCCGUGGGCGCGGAGGUCAAAGUUUCGGAAACCAGCAGAACAAGAAGUUCAACAACAAACCUCCCAAUGAGUUUUAUAGAAAUGGCGGCGACCUUUUACAAAAUGUUCGAAUGUUGGAAGACCGCACUGCCGCGAAGCCAAAAUCAACAACGCAGCAGUCCCAAGCACUUCAACGCCCGGCUUACGGGACACUCGGCCAAGCGGUAUCUUUGUGGGCGAACUACGUUGCACUCACACCCGGUCGGGGCCAUCUCUUUUACCGAUACUCAAUCAGCAUCACGAAGAUCAAAAACGACGACGACAAGAAACAAGACAGUACGGAGGUCCCGGAUACACAAUUAUCCAACAAUGAAGCGGCCGAACUGGCUUCUCAGGCUGCGGACCAGUUGACGCUGAACCCUAACUCAAACGACCCUCCCAGCGAGCCUGGCGUCGAAGAUGGAAAUGGGGACACCGCCGCACAGCCGGCCGGCAUGAAGCGUGCUGCCAUCAUCGCCCACCUUCUUGGCCAUGACCGGGACCUCAAGGACCGUUGUUCCCGAGGGACAGUUGCGUCAGAUUACCGCGACAUCAUGGUCAGCACCACCCCUCUCAAGGUCCUCGUGUACACCUUCGACUACAAGGGCGUGAGGUCAAACUACAGGCUCGAAAGAUACAGGGUCGCUCUUAUGGAGCCCAACGAUGUGCAAAACCCCUUGAAAAUGGAUGAUUUGCUGGACUAUCUUGGCUCAGACACUCGUCCUGAGACAACAACCAUCCCGGAAGCCGUCUUCGCCCAGGUCCUCAACAUCUGGCUUCGGCAGUUUUCCAAGUUCAAAGAAUCAACAGAGCUUCCCACGCAGAAGGUCGUCGCCAGCAAAGCAUACCCCCUGACAGAUGACACCAAGCUGCCAAAGGACCACCCCAACUUCUACUUUACGCAGCCAUUACAGUUGGGCAUCGCUUCAAUCCGGGGUUACUUUUCCAGCAUUCGUUUUGGGGCGGGAAAGGCAUGGGUAAACAUCAACACCGCCCACGGCGCUUUUUUUGAGAGCAAACCGCUCGGAGAAUGGAUCAGAGAUGCUGGAUACGCACACCCCCGCAAGCACGCGCAACUACAUAGCAUCCUGAAGGGGCUGCGGGUUGAAUUGCUCCACCGGACCUUCAAGGACGGUGACGACAACAAGCCUGUCGUCAAGGUUAUAUCCGGGCUUGCGACGCCCUCAGAUGGCCCGUCAAACGACACAUCUGGGGGAAAUCCUUCGACGACCCACCCCCCGCCUAAAUUUGUGAAAGGAUCCCGACGAUAUGGAGUGCAGUGUGCACAAGUUUCGUUCUGUGAUCCGUCCAGGCCCGGGGACGGAUAUGUUACGGUCUACAACCACUUCAAGCAGAGUGAGACUCCGUUUACCCGAGAGAUGUGGUUCACGGCAUUCAAACUGACCAAGCUCCCAGAUUACCCCAAGUAUGCCCCGAAACAUGAUGAACUUGUUGUCAACCUAGGUAGUGCGCGGCGGCCUGCGUACUACCCUGUGAACGUUUGCAAGAUUCUCCCCGGGCAACCCUACCAUCCGAAGUUAACGGACACCCAAACUCAGGCCAUGAUCAAGUUCGCGCAGCUCGGACCCAAGAACAAUGUGGAUUGCAUCACGGUAGACGGGUUCGACAGGAUUGGUCUGAAGAAUCCCUCGGCGCAUGCGAAACUGCUCAAUCCUGCUUCCGGGUUGGCCAGAGCCCAAGGGCGCAUUCUUGCCAUGCCUGACGUCAAAUACAAGAGCAUCAAGGUUAGUUUUCCGACGGCACCUGGGAAAUGGAACCUCGUCGACGUCGGUGAGCACAGCAGGAAAGGGGAGAAGGCGGCCUGGGUAAUUGUGCCCAUGGGAACGUUCAAAUGGUACGACGACCACUAUGUGGAAAUGGACGAAGAGCUGCGGAAAUUGAUGAGGAAGCGCGGAUUUAAUCCCCAAGACUAUUGGCAUGUCAACUACCGUUGCCAUGAGAUGCCAAAGGGGCUAACACAGAACCCGACCGCUGAAACUCGCAACAACGAGUUGGCCAAACACUUCGAGUUCCUGCGAGACUACGGAUACAAUCUGGUCUUCGUGCUCUUGCCGGACAAAGGCGCAGAGUUAUACAACGCCAUCAAAGCAGCGGCCGACAUCAAGGUGGGGAUUCAUACAGUCUGCAUGGUCGAAUCCAAAGCUGCGAAGAAGUUCAACAAGCAUACCAAGAAGAUGCAGUUCGACUUGCAAUUCUUUGACAACAUCCUACUCAAGGCGAACCUCAAGCAAGGUGGCAUCAACCACACACUGGAAUUCCCUACUUCCAAAAUCCUUUCCACGUGGCAGGCCAUGGUCCUUGGCCUCGACGUCACACACUCGCCGCCUGGCGCAAACAAAGCAAAGGCCACCCCUAGCAUCAUCGGCAUGGUCGCAAACGCUGAUGAGCAUCUCGCCCAGUGGCCAGCCACCAUAGCGUUCCAGGAUCGAGAGAAUCAAGAGAUUGUGACAAGCAUGCAAUCCUUCCAGACACUCCUCCAACCGCACCUCGACCGCUACUAUGGGCGACACAAGAAAUAUCCCGCCGCCCUCAUCAUCUACCGCGACGGCGUUUCCGAAAGCCAGUACAGCCAAGUCGCCGAAGACGAGUACAACGGGAUUUGCUCUGUUUGCACGGCCGCGUACGGCAGCAAGAACCAGCCCGGUCCCAAGAUCUCCAUCAUCGUCGUCGGCAAGCGCCAUCACACUCGCUUCUUCCCCACCGCCGCUGACCACGCGGACAGCAAAGGCAACACCCGCCCGGGCACCGUCGUCGACCGGUCCAUCACUAGCCAGUUCCUCUGGGAGUUCUACCUACAGGCGCACGAGGCCAUCCAGGGCACGGCCCGCCCGGCCCACUACGUGGUGGUGAAGGACGAGUUCUUCCGCAGCACCUUCUCUGUUCCGGACAACAGACCCUCCGCCAACCCCCCGUACAAUAACCCCGCAGAUGUGCUUGAGGCCUUUACGCACGCCCUGUCGUACGCCUUUGGCCGGUCCACGCGCUCCAUUGGCGUGUGCACCCCCGCUCGCCUGGCCGACAAGGUCUGUGAUCGGGCGCGGUGUUAUACGGCGGCGGGCCUGGAGCCGGAGGAGAUCAAGCUGGCGGAGAAUCUGAAGGAUUUGAUGUUUUACAUUUGA